AUGGCAAACUUGCUUGCAACACCUUUGGAGAAAGCAGAGAUCGACGAGUUGCUCUCCUUGUUCCCCGACUUCAAGGGCUCCGUGCCGGAGGACGCGCGUUUCUGGAACAAGUCGGAUCUUGAGCUCUACAUCGCAAGCAAUGGGCAGCUGAGGCCGAAGGAGGACCAGGGGAAGGCCAAGAGUUGCCCACUGCUCUCACGUGCUCGGCAGCGUCUUGCGGAGCUGAAGAUCGGGGAGGCGUCGGGUGAGUACCUCUCCUGGGCCAGGCACUUGCAACGAAAGCAGCUGCAGCAGCUGCCAAGCCUGGAGCUGAUGCCCACACCCGUGCAGACUUCCACCCAAGCGCCUGCAGUUCCCAAAGUUCCCGUUGUAGUUUCGGCGAGAGACUGGUGUGGUCAAACUUGGGAUAUGGACUUUUGGAAGCGCCUUGGCCAGAACAUGUGGUGGACCUGCCGGUCGCGGUCCCCGGCCUUCGAGCACGACCGCAAAGCUGCAGACAGCGUCGACGUCGAGGGCUCCCCGCCGGAGUACAUGGAAUACGCGCAGUUGCUGCAUUCGAUGGACCCGGACUGCCUGGAGGAGAAUGCCCUGGCCUUCCCUCGCAUCAUCAUGGAUGGAUGGUGCCCUUUUAUCAGCAAGGAAGGUGCGGCUCUUCUGGAGAAGCAUUGGCGCGACCUGACGCCCGCUGGAGUGAAAGACAUGUCACCCAAGUGGAUCAAGAUCUUCACCACCGUGUUCAACAUGGACUUUAUGGACUUCUUCGCCCGCUUUUACAAGCUGGCUUUGGGAGCUCCGGGUAGCAUUAGCCGGCUGCAUCGGGCCAACAAUGGCGCGCAUGUGUGGCACCGACAGAUACAGGGCCGGCGCCUUUUCUUCCUCUUCCCUCCGCAGGACACAGCCAUCUUGGCUGAGGAGGAGGGUGCCGCAGUGGACCACCUGGAAGGCUACGCAGCUUCGGUUAGCCCGGUUGACAUCUUCCACCCCAACGCCAAGAGGCACGCAGCCUUUGCCAAGGCCUCGGCGCAGUCGGCCAUCCUUCAUCCCGGCGAGUCCUUGAUUGUACCGAAAGGGUGGUGGCAGUAUGCUGUGCAUCUGGAGCCGUCUGUCACGUUGCACCAUCCGUUCUGGGGCCUUCAGAACAGAUCACACUUCUCGGAAGAGUUGCGAGAGGCGUUCAUUGCCAGCAAGAUGCCCCCCGAGCUCCGUGAGGUUGCUGCAAGGAACAUCUCGCAGAUCCACGACCGCAUCAUGGAAGACGACGAUGACGAUUCCGAUUUCGACAUAUGA